GGCUGCUGACGGGCCCAGGGGAAGCAGGCAUGGGGCGCGGCCGCGCCUCCCUCCCACCCCUCCUCGCGGACCGCUGGCUAGGCAAUGAGCAGACGUGAGGGGCUAGCGGGCCGCCCGGCUCUGCAGGACGCUGCCUGGCUCCCGAGCGUUGGUCUCUCCGCGCCCGGGGCUGGAACGGUUGUGAGCUGGGCUCAGAGGCCGGGCGGGCGAGCGUAAGCCCCCGGCUUAGCUAUGGGGCACAACAGCAGCUGGGUGUCACCGAACACCAGCCACCCGCACAACACGUCGGGCGCCGAGGCUGGCGCCAACCGCAGCGCGUUCGGGGAGCUGAGCGAGGCACAGCUGUACCGCCAGUUCACCACCACCGUGCAGGUCGUCAUCUUCAUUGGCUCGCUGCUCGGAAACUUCAUGGUGUUAUGGUCAACUUGCCGCACAACAGUGUUCAAAUCUGUCACCAACAGGUUCAUUAAAAACCUGGCUUGCUCUGGGAUUUGUGCCAGUGUGGUCUGUGUGCCCUUCGACAUCAUCCUGAGCACCAGCCCUCACUGCUGCUGGUGGAUCUACACGAUGCUCUUCUGCAAGGUGCUCAAAUUCCUACACAAGGUGUUCUGCUCCGUGACUGUCCUCAGCUUUCCUGCCAUUGCCCUGGACAGGUACUAUUCAGUCCUCUAUCCUCUGGAGAGAAAAAUAUCUGAUGCCAAGUCUCGGGAACUAGUGAUGUACAUCUGGGUCCAUGCAGUGGUGGCCAGUGUCCCUGUGUUUGCUGUGACCAAUGUAGCUGACAUCUAUGCUAUGUCCACCUGCACAGAAGUCUGGAGCAACUCCUUGGGCCACCUGGUGUAUGUUCUGAUCUACAAUGUCACCACGGUUAUUGUGCCUGUGGUUGUGGUAUUCCUCUUUUUAAUCCUGAUCCGGAGGGCCCUGAGUGCCAGCCAGAAGAAGAAAGUCAUCAUCGCUGCACUGAGGACCCCACAGAACACCAUCUCUAUCCCCUAUGCCUCUCAGCGAGAGGCGGAGCUACAUGCCACCCUGCUCUCCAUGGUGACAGUUUUCAUCCUUUGCAGCGUACCCUAUGCCACCCUGGUUGUCUACCAGACUGUGCUCAAUGUACCUAACACUUCUGUCUUUUUGCUUCUCACUGCCAUUUGGCUGCCCAAAGUGUCUCUGUUGGCCAACCCUGUGCUCUUCCUAACUGUGAACAAAUCGGUACGCAAGUGCUUGGUUGGGACCCUGGUGCAGCUGCACCACCGGUACAGCCGCCGCAAUGUGGUUAGUACAGGGAGUGGGGUGUCUGAGCCCAGCCUUGAGCCCAGCAUGCGCUCUGGUAGUCAGCUCUUGGAGAUGUUUCACAUUGGGCAGCAACAGAUCUUUAAGCCCUCGGAGGAUGAGGAAGAGAGUGAGGCCAAGUAUCUUGGCUCAGCUGAUCUCCAGGCCAAGGAGGCACUCACCUCCUGCCCAGAGGGCGAACAGGAGCCACAGCUUGCACCCUCUGUGCCACCCCCAGGCACAGUGGACUCUGGAUCUCGGGUGUCCCCAGUAGCCUCCGUGGAACCUGGGAUAUUUCCUGAUAAGUAUUCCUUGAAGUUUGGCUUUGGGCCUUUCGAGUUGCCCCCUCAGUGGCUCUCUGAGACCCGAAAUAGCAAGAAGAGGCUGCUUCCCCCACUGGGCAAUACUCCAGAAGAGCUGAUCCAGACAAAGGUGUCUAGAGUGAACAGGGUGGAGCGGAAGAUGAGCAGAAACAAUAAAGUGAGCAUUUUUCCAAAGGUAGACUCCUAGCAAGGACUGUGAGUGCCUGGAAGUGACAGGGAGCUUGUAUAUUCCUGUACUUUUGUCACUCUGGCUGCAAGCCACUGUUGGGUGACAACUCCUCUAUGGGGUAGAUGCUUCUGAAUGAAAGGGAAGUCUACAUAAAAUCCAGUGUCCUCUUUAUUGAGGGAGUACAUAUUAUCUAUCUUAGUGAUCUGUGUCUUUCGUCACAUUCAGUGUAUUCACAUUCAGGACCCUCUAUGCGCAUUUUCUGGGAGAGUCCUCCUUUCCCUGUGUGCAGCAGAGAACUUUAAGAGAGCAGGCACUCUAAGGAGGCCCAGGUUAGCUAUGGGCUUCAAUGGCCACAGAGAAGAAGCUGAUUUGGUUUUUAAACUUUUUUUUUUGAGACUGGAUCUCUCUAUGUAGCCCCACAAUAGACCAGGCUGGCCUUGAACUCAGAGAGCUACGUGUCUCUCUGCCUUCUGAGUACUGGGAUUAAAGGUCUUGCCCGCAUGGCCACCUAAGAAGCCUAUUUGGGUAGAUAAAUAAGAAUAACAAACAUGAAAAUAUCUGUACUGAGAAGACAGAGCCAUGCUGUCUGAUGCUAUUUGCUAGAUUUCUCAAUCACCUGACACCUGUUUGCUGAUACCUCAUCCGGAUUUCUGGGUCAUAAAGGGGUGAUGACUGGUCCUACCUUAUGGUAGACAGGGCAGUGUCUGAGGGAGCUUUUUUGUUCUUGAUUAUCUUUCUACUCUGUUGGUAUCACCAAGGCUUCCAACAAAUGUACCUGCUUUUACCAGUCACCAGUACUAACUAGAAACCACGGCCAACCCUUCGCUGUGUGUCCAUUUAAACUGCACUUGAUCAGCAACAAGGAGGGAAGCUUUGUGGUGGUUGAGAAAUGCCCAUGAUGCAUAGCCUUUUUUUCUUUCACGUGAUCCAGAACAAAAGACGAGUUAGUAUAGUGGGAUAUAUUGAGUGAUGAACAGGCAUAGAGUAAAAUGUCAUAAUUGGAAAAUGUUUGGAAUUAAAAGGUGCUGAAGAAGUGUAGGUGACAUGCACUGGGUCCUUUGGCACCAUUCAGGUAAAAAUCCUUGGUUAGCACAAGUGAUUCUGCCCCGGGACUUGUUAGUCUGACUAUAGAACAGGCCCAGCUUCCAUGUCCUAUGAUUCUAGAUCCCACAGAAGGUGAGCCUUAAGAGCAAGGCGAAGAAAUGAUUGCAAAAUGCUAAAGCAAUUCCCACCCUGAUUUAGCACUUCAUCUCCUACUUCCCAGUGAAGUUCCACUAUGAACCAUGGUGGAUGGGAGAACACUCAGCAGCUCAGUGUCCUGGUUCUCAUGUGUGAGCCACUCUGGGGCUGAUGUACCAGACCUAAUUCAAAUGCAGCCCUUCCUUCUAGCAUCAAGUCAGCAGCUCUGCUUUUCUUUAGGGUGUUUUGUUCUUAUUUGUGGUACUUAGUGGAGCCAGUGGAGUGCCUUGAAUGGGCCUUCCUGAUGAGCAAACUUUUACAUCUCAAAGGCGAUGGUCCUAGCAACCCCUUGGUCAUGCUGGCCCAGCUUCCCUAGGAGGAAGCUCACUGCUGUGUAGGGAGACUCCUUUUCUUUUCUUCUGUUGCGUUAUGUCCUGUGAACCCUGACUCCUUGGAGAGGAAGCACCUUCCUCUCUGUGUACCGACUUGUUGACUCGUGGCAGAGACAGGGUACUGCACCCCUCUUAAGGCUCUACCGCCCUCUGGGCCCUGUAUACAUGUCAUCUGUAGCUCUUGGUCCUGAUGCUGUUUUAAUACUGUGGCCCUCCAAGCUCAUCUUUCAAAGCCUUCUUAAUUGUUACAGCUUUUACUUAGGGAAAAAAAUAUCCGUCAGAAAAUUCUAUGUACUUGACAAGAACCUGUGAAAUGAACUUGUGUUGCUGUCGUCCUGACUUAUGUAUGUAUGACUUAAUAAAUUCUCAACAGCAGAGUUUGGUUCACCAAAUUCUCAUGUAUGUUUGAAAGAGAAGGCUGAUGUCUAGCAGGCUGUCACUGAGUGUAUUUCUAUACUCUUUGAAGAAUAACAUUUUAAUAAAAAUUAUAAAGCUGUU